AUGGCUUCCACUCCGACGAACAUCGAAAAAGUAGCUAAUAACAACAAUAACAAUGAAAGCGAGAGUAAGGUUAAGAUUUUUCCGUACAAAAUUCAACCGGUUGAGGGAAACAAUGGGGAGGAAAUUGAUUUGUCCAAAGGAGAGAAAACCAAAUAUCUGCAAGUAGGUCCAAAGAAAUGGUUCUACCCCAGCGGUUACGAGAGACAAGCACAUGAUUUCUAUAAUUUCGUUGCAAGGCCAAGCGAUAUUUUUGUCAUAUCGUUUCCUAGGUCAGGUACAACCUGGACUCAAGAAAUGGUAUGGCUGUUAUCUAACAAUUUAGAUUAUAAGAAAGCAAGUCAAGUAAAUCUAAAAGAGAGGUUUCCAUUUUUGGAGUAA